UACUGUACCGACAGGCAGGGCUAGCCAGCUAGCCGGGCAUCCGACCUAACCUACUUCACAGCAGCAGCGUUACAUCACUUUGGGUCGUGUCCCACCUGGGAAAUAACGGCCUAAAGGAAGCCACUCUUUCACAUUCAUGCAAUAGAGACUUUGACAUUAGCAUGACACACUGACCUGUCACAUUACAACGAGAAGGCGACAGCUGUAGUGACUUAGCAAAUUUGUUUUUUCCGAGAGAGCUGUCAAGACGCGGCUGGUUUCAUCGUGCACUGAUUUAGACACAGAAGACAGAGAUGUCCUGUCCGUGCACCUCGGCUGCCAGGUUGUUCCUCAACACAGCCCACAGAGGACUGUCAUGCUCCCGGAUUCAGUUGUUUUCUCUGAGUCGUCAGGGGUCUCGGGAAACUCAUUUGCCUCCCCGGGUACGUGUGAGGUCAUUUUCAGAGACUGCUGUCUGUUAUGCCUCUAAAGAUGGAACAACAAAGGACAGUGGAAGCGACGGUGGAAAGAAAAGCAUCAGUGAGGGGAAGAGACUGUCUGGCUCUGGAGGAUCAGGCAAGGGUGGAAGCCAGCUCCGCUGCCCUAAAUGUGGAGACCCGUGUACACAUGUAGAGACCUUUGUAUCAUCAACACGAUUUGUGAAAUGUGAGAAAUGUCAUCACUUUUUCGUGGUCCUGUCUGAGACGGACUCUAAGAAAGGGCUAAACAAAGAGCCAGAAUCUGCUGCGGAGGCAGUGAAACUGGCAUUUGCACAGAAACCUCCCCCUCCCCCCAAGAAGAUAUACGCCUAUCUCGACAAGUACGUUGUUGGCCAGUCUUAUGCAAAAAAGGUGUUGGCUGUUGCAGUAUACAAUCACUACAAGCGCAUCUACAACAACAUCCCUGCUGGGAGUCGACAGCAGGUGGAGGUCGAAAAACAGCCGUCUUUAACACCUCGUGAGCUAGAGAUGAGAAGACGAGAGGAUGAAUACAGAUUCACAAAGCUGCUGCAGAUUGCGGGGAUCAGUCCUCAUGGAAAUGCUCUUGGAGCGUCAAUGCAGCAGCAGGCGAGCCAGCAGGCACCUCAGGAGAGGAGGGGAGGGGAGGUGCUGGACUCCACACACACUGACAUUAAACUGGAGAAGAGCAACAUCAUACUUCUAGGUCCAACUGGGUCAGGAAAAACAUUGUUGGCGCAGACUCUGGCACGUUGUCUGGAUGUACCAUUUGCAAUUUGCGAUUGCACCACACUAACUCAAGCUGGAUACGUGGGAGAAGACAUCGAGUCAGUUAUUGCCAAACUUCUGCAGGAUGCCAACUACUCAGUGGAGAAAGCACAGCAAGGUAUUGUGUUCCUGGACGAGGUUGAUAAGAUUGGCAGCGUGCCUGGAAUCCAUCAGCUGAGAGAUGUGGGUGGGGAGGGAGUUCAGCAGGGUUUGCUUAAACUCUUGGAGGGGACAAUUGUCAACGUUCCCGAGAAAAACUCCAGGAAACUGAGAGGAGAAACGGUGCAGGUCGACACAACAAACAUCUUGUUUGUUGCAUCCGGUGCCUUCAAUGGACUUGACAGAAUCAUUAGUAGAAGAAAGAAUGAAAAGUAUUUGGGCUUUGGAACUCCCUCUAACCUGGGGAAAGGGCGCCGUGCAGCCGCUGCAGCAGACUUGGCCAACACCAGCGGUGAGACCGACACCGUUGCAGAGAUCGAGGAGAAGGACAGGCUGCUUAAGCACGUAGAGGCCAGGGACCUGAUUGAGUUCGGCAUGAUCCCAGAGUUUGUUGGCCGUCUUCCUGUCGUUGUUCCUCUGCACAGCCUGGAUGAAGAAACACUCGUCCGGAUCUUGACUGAACCUCGCAAUGCUGUGGUGCCUCAGUACCAGGCUCUGUUCAGCAUGGACAAAUGUGAACUCAAUGUAACUCAAGAUGCCUUGAAGGCCAUUGCCAGAAUGGCCCUGGAGAGAAAAACUGGAGCCCGUGGGCUCAGAUCAAUUAUGGAAAAGCUCCUUCUUGAGCCCAUGUUCGAGGUGCCGCACUCUGACAUCAUGGCUGUUGAGCUGGAUAAAGAUGUUGUUCAAGGAAAAUCCCAACCCAGAUACAUCAGAACUCCAGCCAAGGAGUCGACAGAAGAGGAGUACGACUCUGGCAUUGAGGAGGAGAACUGGCCUCGGCAGGCGGACGCUGCUAACAACUGAACCACAUGUGACGCAUUUCACCUAAAGGCCGUUCUGUCACAAAUCAUUAGAUUACUAUGAACCUUUUGGAUGCCAAGCUUGGUACCAAGUCUUUUAUUAUAGCCCCUGACAGUAAGCUCUGGACAUCGCUGAAGAGGUUUUCAACCUGAACAAGUUGAGAGAGUGUAACAACCUUUGGUCCUGUGCAUCAGGUGUUAAUUCUGUAGUGGUGUACUCACAGGGUGGACCUUAAUAAAAUAUUUCAAUCUCUGGGGAUUGUUAACAUUUUAUCUAUAUAAAGAUAAUGCAAUUUUAUUCAUGAAAGUAUUUGUAGCUAGUUUAUUUGUUUUCUCUUGUUGUGGUGAUGGGCUGUAAUGGCACGGGAAGCAAAUGGAAGUAAAUGGGAUCAUACUGUACACUUGAAAACAUGGGGCGCUGAGAAAAGUGUAAAUGUGAUGUUACCAUGUCAAGUUAAUGCCUUAUAUCAUAAGGGCACGAUAUUCCAUGAGCACAUCAAUAUUUUGAUGUUUUCUUCUUUACCACCAUUGUAAUAAUGGUGCUCACAGUGAAAUGGGCUGUAAAUGUUUAGCUACGCUGCUUUGGUAGCAUUUGUAAGCAGUUUGUAUGACACAACCUCUAAUUAGGAGAACAUAUUGUGAAGUAUAACGCACCAGCACACUAAACACAGCAGGUGACAAACAAGGGUGACCUUUUAAACAGCCAGAAUGGUUAUUUUUCCGUGUUUUGCUUCUUCUUUUAGCCCACUCUUUAAGAAAUGUAUAUGUGUUUACUUACAGGCCUCUGUAUCGCAGGACCGGAUCAGAGGGCUGCUUCACAAAGCAGGAUUAGCAGGUUAGCAGGGUAACUUGAAGUGCUGAUGAAAUAUCUUUUCAAGUUCUGUUUUGUAGUUCUCCAGUGUUCAUGACUGAAUCAUAUCGCUAAGCCAGAUAUUUAAGUUUAUUCUCCAGAUUCAAGUUAUUAUCAGGUGGAUAGUCUCAGGUUGAACCGGCUUAGUCUCCAAACCUGCUUUGUGAAGCACUCCUCAGAACAAAACAGAUAUUUUUAUUUCCUCUGUGUGUGCCCCACUGUCAGAAACUCAGCUCACCUUUAGUGAUGUUAAUAACCUGUUACUAAAUGGUACCUCAGUACACGUCUGUAGUCACGUCUCUACCUAAAUGCUCUCUGACUGAACCACGCUGCUGUACUCUCUAAAACGCUGUCUGUGCUAUAAAAUUAGAUUAAACUAGAUUUGUUCUCCCUUUGCUUUAAGUUUCAUUUUCUUUCAGUAAACUUUCAGAACUGCUUUUGUUUUCAGAGGUCUGUUACAAACCUGUAAACCCCCCACGAAAACAUUUGUGACCCUCAAAUUCAUUGUGAUUGUUUAAAAUAUAUAAAUAAAAUGUAUAUCUCUGUACAAAAUUUAAA